AUUUUCAUUUCAUUUUCGUAUAACUGCAUUGAAAGAUGUAGCGUGGCCCCCACUAACAGUUUACCAGGUCAAUGGUCAAAUCUUCACCCGCUUUAAUCCCUCCAUCACUCCGUCUUCUCUUUGCCCCUCCCACAGCUAUCAACUUCUCGUCGUUGCCGAAGCUUUGAUGGAUGCCUUUGAUCGGCUGCCGGACUCUCUCAUCCUCCUCAUCUUCACCUCCGUCUCCGACGUCAAGACUUUAAUUCAGUGCGGUUUGGUGUGCAAGAGAUUCUACUCGCUCGUCCCGCAGACCGAGUCGCUGCUACUGAGAAUCGACAGAGUCAUUUCUUCCGAGUCCGAUUCGGAGUCUCUCCUCCUCACCCUUUUUAAAUCUCUACUCUACUUCCUUUUGCCCAACCCCGGAACAUCCCGAUCCGCGCGCCGAACCCAUACUUCCCCCGCCCAAAUCCUCUCGCAUUUCCACUCCAUCCGACAACUGCGCAUCGAACUACCCUCCACCGAUCACGAAUUAGGCAAAGGCACGGUACUGAAAUGGAGAGCAGAGUUCGGCGAAACACUCAAAAAUUGCGUGAUCCUUGCGUUCCCUUUGACGACGCAAAAUUCCGUUGACACCGGAGGCGACGAUCCGGACUUUGAGGUCGGGUUGAAGAGGAGAGUGAUGUGGACCAUUAGCUCGUUGAUCGCAGCGUCCGUCAGGCAUUACCUGUUAAAAGAAGUGAUUAAUGAGCACGAAGAGAUGGAGAGGAUCAUCGUCGGAGAUAGGGAUGGGGAGGGCGUGGUGGUAAUGGAGAGGGAGGGGUUGACAGAGUGGAGGGAGCAUGGAGGGGACUUGAUGGGGUACGAGGAUAGGAGCAGGACAGUGGUUCCAUGCGUCAGGAUGAGGAUGAGGCACGACACAAGGUCGGAUGCGACGCUAGUGGUGGCUUGGGCGGCGAAGGACGGGUCUGACAUGGCACAAGAUGGUGAUUUGGCUUUGAAGGCGUUCGGUGGUGGGGAACAUGAGGAGGCUGUUACAGGGUUGCUUAAGAGCAAGAGUUAUCUUCUAGAAAUGAACUCCUUUUGAUAAGUGAUAAUCCAAUUUCGUACAAUUUGCAGGGUUUUGUAAGUGAGGAUGGUCAGCUUGCACUAAAUUGGCCAUUGAUUCUCCCAGAGAUUGGUAUCAACUAUUAAGUUGAUCUGUACAACACUUCUAUGUAUUAACGUAUGUAAAUUAGUUCACAGGUUUGUACAAUUUAAUAAUGAGCUUUUUUUCAA